AUGUCAUUGUUGAGCCGUUUCGAUUUCUUUACAACGAUAACAUCGUCGCAAGUGAAUUGGAAAGAACAAUUCCAAGGAUGGAGGAGAAGAGUUUCCUUCCUUCUUGCUCUUCUCAUCAUUCUCUCCGUGGUUGGUUUUUCUAUCGGCUACUUUGCAGGUCAUGAUUUGAAAGGAGCCUCGACGUGGCGUCUUGGCUUUGUGAUGAUUAUUUCGGUUGCAUUUGGCUAUGCUCUCGUUCAGUCUUCAUAUGGGUUCGGAGCUCACUUCCGAGUGUUUUACAAACAACAAUAUGAGUUGGUGGAUAUCAAGAAAAUUCAAAAUUCAUCGGAUGAUGAUACUCAAAAACUCAUUCACGAAGGCCAAACGAAGGAAGAAGCAGUGUCUAAUCCUCAUCGUGAUGAAGAAAAAGAACAACCACCUAAGGAAAUUAUUCUCACUCCCGAUAAAGCUCUUCCGCAAUACUCGACUAUGCAAGCUCAUUGCAUCAUGCUUGCGGUGGCUACCUUCCUCUUCUCCAUGCUCUAUAUCAUUGAUAAGGCUGCUGGAUGGCACAUGUACUCUCCAGAGGCUUCUCCCAUGACAAUUUCUAUUGUGAUUGGAGGCUUCUUGUUCGGAAUAGGAAUGCAGCUUGGUGAUGCUUGUGCCUCAGGUACUUUGUUCACUAUCGGGGGUGGAAGUUUAUGGAGUGUCUAUUUAUUGGUGUUCUUUGUGUGUGGUUCAGUAAUUGCUACUGCAUUACAAAGUGCUGGAGAUUGGAAUAUUGGGUUUAAAAAUCAUGCAGGAUUGAGUUUAUUGUUUCCAGGAACAUUUUUGAGAAAGGCCUUUGGUAUCAUGUUCUUUGAAAAAAACCCAUGGCUUGAGUAUUUGAUUGCAGUCAUUAUGAUGCUGACACAAAUAACCAUUUUAGUGUCCAUUGCAGCUGCUAUUCAUUUUUACUACAGAAGAAAAAACAAGAAAAACCAGAUGGAUUUGAGUGGAGAUGCAGAAGAACAAUCUGGGCUCAUUAAUCAAGAUUAUGAAAUUGAUACUCGCUCACCACUUCAAAAAUUAAUGUCAUUUGUGUCAAUGAUUGUUUUUAGAUUUAUUUAUGGACCUUGGGAUUUAAUUAGUGGCUCGAUUGCAUUGGCUUUGUUAAACUUUUGUUUUCUUUUAGCUACGCAACAUCCCAUGGGUUUGACAGGUCCCUUCGCCAUUAUUGGUUGUAAAAUUUUGGAUGCUAUUGCUCCUUCACUUGAUGUUCCAAAAUGGUCGGCAUGGAAAGAUAUUGAUUUAAGGAAGGCCAAUAUGCUCUUCAAUUCGAAUUUUAUUCUUGAUUUUGGAAUUGUCUAUGGAGCCUUAAUUGUUGGAUUAUUACGAGGAAAAUUCCCAAGUUUUUUAGAUGGAUUUUCACUGAAGAGCUUAUCUCAUACGUUUAAGAGUCACAAACAAGGUGAUCACUCAUCAUCCAUUUUCACAACUUUGAAACGAAUUUUGAAUAAUAUUGGAAAUUGGCUCAAGAAUAACAUUGGAAUUGCUAUUGCCAAAAUUAUUGGAGGUAUUUGUAUGGGUAUUGGAGCAAAGUUUGGAUAUGGCUGUAACAUUGGAGCUUAUUUUUCUGGUGUCUCAUGCAUGUCCAUUCAUGGUUAUUCAUGGAUAACCAUGGCUCUGCUGGGUGGAUAUAUUGGAGCAGUGGUACGACCUUUGUUUGGAUACAAGAAGAGAAAAGUUGCUUGUGGAACCGUUUGCAAUACUGCUUCCAUUUAUUAA